UUGCUCUCGCUGUCUGCAGGGUCGCGAGCGGCGGCGGGCUCUGCUGCGCCGGCUUCGUUCCGAGCGCAGGUAGCUCGAACAAGCGAGGUCUUGAAGUUCGAGCCCAACACUUUCUGGCAACGCCCGACUCCAGUUGCUAAAAUUUUCUUUUGCAGCGCAGUUCCCAUUGUAGAUUAUGGAAAUAGUCUUCACGCCAACUGUUGGACAUUUGUGAAACUCGGUAGAUUAGUGUUACCAAAAGCACGAGAAUAGACUGUUAGCGCCUCAAGAACCGAGGCUCCUCCUUUCCAGUUAGUGUUACUUUUUAAAAUGGAACCCUAUUCCUGUGACACUUUUGUGGCAUUACCUCCAGCAACAGUUGGAAAUAGGGUUAUCUUUGGAAAAAAUUCAGACAGACUCUUUGAUGAAGUACAAGAAGUAAUUUACUCUCCAGCUGCGGUUCAUAAUGAUUUGAAAAAAGGUCUCAAGUGUACUUAUAUAGAAGUUGAUCAAGUUCCUGAAACAUAUGCUGUUGUCCUUAGUCGCCCAGCUUGGCUGUGGGGGGCAGAAAUGGGUGCCAAUGAGCACGGAGUCUGCAUUGGGAAUGAGGCUGUAUGGGGAAGAGAAGAUAUUUCUAAGGAGGAAGCACUUUUGGGCAUGGACCUUGUCAGGCUUGGCCUUGAAAGAGCUGACACAGCUGAGAAAGCUCUGGAUGUCAUUGUUGACUUAUUAGAAAAAUAUGGCCAAGGUGGAAACUGCGCAGAGGCUGAAGAAUUCAGCUAUUACAACAGUUUCCUGAUAGCUGAUCGUAAUGAAGCCUGGAUUCUGGAGACCUCAGGGAAGUACUGGGCAGCAGAAAAAGUCCAAGGAGUUCGUAAUAUCUCCAAUCAGCUUUCCAUAACAACCAAGCUAGACCGGGAACAUCCAGACAUGAGAAACUAUGCUAAGCAGAGGGGCUGGUGGGAUGGCAAGGAGGAGUUUGAUUUUACUGCGGCCUAUUCUUAUGUUGACACGGCUGCCAUGAUGACGUCACCAAGCAGGUACUGUCAGGGCUACAAGCUUCUGGAUAAGCACAGAGGAAACAUAACUUUUGAAACAAUGGUGGAAAUUCUUCGAGACAGACCCAGUGGCAUCAACAUGAAAGGAGAAUUCCAGACCACAGCAAGCAUGGUUUCUGUUUUACCUCAGGAUCCCAGCCUCCCCUGCAUUCACCUCUUUACGGCAACACCGCACCCUGAGAGGUCUGUUUUUAAGCCUUUCAUAUUUGUACCACAUAUUUCCCCACUAUUGGAUACGACAUCACCAACAUUUGAACUUGAAAGGCCAGUGGCAAAGAAGCCAUAUGUCAAGCCUGACAGAAGACAUCUACUCUACCAAAACCAUCAACAGGCCUUGGAAAUGAUAAGUAACAAUAAGGAGAAAAGCAAGACAAUAUUGGACAGCAUGAAGAAGCUGGAAAAAGAAGUGUUUGAAGAGAUAGAAUCAAUCCUCCAAAACAGACAUCUUGACGUGGAUAAAACUGUUAAUCUCUUUCCUCAAUAUGUGAAAGAUGAAAUUAAAGUUUAUCAGUCAAAUAUUAGUUCUUAAUGAUCACUUAAGUGGCCAAAAGUCUUCCCUACUGCCCUGGUAAUGAUACAAAGCUACUUCGAGGAGAUCUGAUUAUUUCCUCAUAGUAGUAAGUUGUAUUUUGACUGAUAAACCACAGUAAUUAGUAUUCAGUUGCAUAAAGCAUGAAAUAUAAAACAUGGUGCAUGGGCUAUGAUAGCAUUAAGUAUUAUUAAGAAAGUUCAAGGCUUUUUUUUUCUUAAGCAGUGGAAAGCAUGUCAAGUGCUUUUUUUGUGCUUUAGGCAAAUAUUAACCAGCUUCAACAAGACAAAUGUCUAGAUUUAUGCUGUUGACAUUACCAUGCAAUCUGCAGAAGCCCUUCCAUUCAACUCAAAAGGGACUU